CACCGGAAGUCGAUUGAGCUGGGGCGUAGUUGUGUAGCAGCUGUAGGGAAAUAUCCACAAUGGCUGAGACCCACAGUUUACAGGACCUUCAGCAGCCAACUGCCUCUUCCAAGGUGUUCGUCCAGAGAGACUACGGCUCAGGAACCAUCUCCAAGUUCCAUACCAAGUUUCCCUCUGAACUGGAGCCUAGGAUUGAUAAGCAGCAGUUUGAGGAAACCAUCCAGACUCUUAACAACUUGUAUGCAGAAGCAGAGAAACUAGGAGGGAAGUCGUAUUUGGAAGGAUGUCUGGCUUGUAUAACUGCCUACACAAUAUUCCUCUGUAUGGAGACACACUAUGAAAAGGUUUUAAAGAAGAUUGCCAGGUACAUCAAGGACCAGAAUGAAAAGAUUUACGCUCCCAGAGGCUUGCUGUUGACAGACCCCAUAGAGAGAGGCCUCAGAGUUGUUGAAAUUACCAUCUUUGAAGAGAGAAGUAUUGGCUCUGGAAGAUAAAGAACCUGGCAGAAGAGAGUCCUUCUGGUGUAUUUAAAAUGAAGAGUCGGACUCUUGUGAGGGGGGGAUUGGAACAAAAUCUUUUGAACUCGAGUGCAGGGCCACCAUCAAUAAAUUAGGAUUUUUCUAGAGGUUCUCUUCCAAAAACUGUCAGCCAUGAACUUUGCUUUAAAAUUAUUAUUUUUUAUACGCAGUCAAUAUGAUAUCUGACCCCUUUUAAUUGACUUAUUUUUAAUCAUUUAGACAUACAAAAGGAGUAACUCUACUCAUCCCAUUGUACCUGUAUAAUGACAAUAAAUGAUUCUAUAUUUACUACCAUAUAGCCAAAACGUAAAAAGACACAAGGUAAACUCCAUUGUCUCUAUGUUUUGGCUAUUUUAAUGCUAACAUAAUUUUUUUCUCCCUCUUUCUACCUCUCUGUACCUCUCUGUAAAGGCUGAUUAUUCCGACCAGAUACCUUGCAUCUUUCUGGCAGCACAUAUUCAGAUUUCUGCUUAACCUGAAUUAAUGUAUAUACAUUUGAUCUGAUACUUAUAUCUGUUAUUUAAGUACUCUACUGUCUGCCUAUCCCUCGUUAUGUUUAUGAAUGUGUUUUUAUACAUGUGGUGAUGUAUAAAUCAUGUCCUAAUUGAUCAAUUGAUCUUUAUUAAUAGUGCCAUUGUGUGAAAUGCUUUUUGACCAUGGUAUAUAUAUAUAAGUGAUUUUUGACUUGCAAAUCAUUUUAUGUCAAUAAUCUAAAGUCAAACUGUAAUAAGAAAUAUGUAGGAAUAGAGUUGUUGGCACAGUCUGUAAACAGUAUCCUGUUAUGGGCAGUGCUUCACAGUAUUUACAUGCUGGUUGUAGCCUUUGUUAAGGCAAAUGUUUUCUUGUCUGUGCAUGAAUGUGACUUUUUUGGUCUUGUGCAACAUGCUGUCUUCUUCAGAACUGGUUUUGUUUGUGAGUGAAGAAAGAGCGUGGGUACUGUUAAUAAGUCCAUCACAAUGUAACAGCGUGACCAAGUACAUUUUGAGAAAUGUCCGUCUGUGUCAUAGUACAACAGUCCUGUUUCACCAUCGAUAUUGCGAAUGUCUUACCCUUUUUGAAUAUUAUCAACAAACCACCACAGAAACCUUAAACACUCAUCCCCACAUAUGAUUGCUAUUGUUGGUGUUUGAUACACCUUGUGUACUUUUCUUUAAAAAUUUCGUUUUGUUUUAUCUUAAUAAAUUUACGUUUUCCUGAAAUUUG